GACAAUAGGAGUAGGAUUAGACAAGACAGGCGAACACUUGGUGACGGGAUUAAAGUACUUUUUGAUUUAAAAAUACAAAAUUUUACAUUAAAUUACAGACUAUUCUUAAAAUAUUGAAAUGAAUGACAACGAAAAAGAAGAAGCUGCGAAUUUGAAAGAGGAGUUUGAAUGGGUUCUUCGUGAGGAAGUUCACGCUAUAUUACAUCAGCUCCAUUCAGUAUUAGUGGAAUGUGCACACAGAUUCCCAGUACCUUUAUAUGGAAAUGAAGGUCAAAAACAAGAUAAAUUCAUUUUAACAUCACAACCUGAGCAGUUAAAAUGUAUUGUUACUCUAACUGGUGACAGUAUAACUCAUGCAGAUAUUAGUUUUAAAGUACUGAGGCAGAUGCACACAAUAUGCCGGACAUCAAUUAAUCAGGAUGGACCAUGGAAAUUACAACAGAUCCAGGAUGCUGCUAAUCAUCUCCAGCAGGCCAUUGGCUAUAUUGAUAAUGUAGACAAACACUAUGUCUUCAGAUCUUCAGAGGAAGUGUUACAUAUUAUACAAUGUUUGCUCGGCUCCUUACAAAGAGCCCGGACUGCCCUAGUCUUACCCAAGAAGAAAGCGAUUGAUGAGCUAAUGAAGAGUAGGAAUAUGAAGGCUCUAUCACCUAAUCUUCCUGAAGACUUGGCAAUAUCUUUUUACAUACAGUCUCAUAAAUUGAUAUUUGUAGCGUAUCAGUUGAGCUCUGUGCAUGGAACCAUGCGUAUAGACUCAUGCCAAGCUGACUGUGCAGUGCCUUGGCUGAGUGAUGUCCUAUUCAUGUUGACGGCUGCCUUGCACAUGUGUCAACAACUUAAAGAUAAGCUUUGUGUCUUCUCUCAAUAUAAAGAUUUCACCGUUGGAUCAAGAUCUGCUUCUAUGAUAUUAAAUUAAACUAAAAAUCAACUCUUACAUUUGUCAACACAGUUUUGUUUUCGUCUCUGAUUAUUUAAAUAUAUUUCAAUUCUUCGAAAUUCUCUCAUUUAUUCGAAUGAAGUAUUGUAUAAAAUAAUUAAUUAAAAAAGCCAAAUUAAAACCAUCGAUUUGAAGACUUUGUUGAUAAGUGUAACAUGCAUGUAUUGAUUUAAUAUAUAAUUAUUGAGUCCAUUGUUGAUAUUCUUGUUGACUUUGUUGUAAUAUUUGUACCAUAAUGUAUAUUUAUAAUGUUAAUGUAACAUAAGUAUAUUUAGUAAACCGUGUAAAAUUUAAAUCAAUCAUGUUUCUUAUGUAAAAAUGUAUUCUGUGUGUACUAUGAAAUUUAUAUAUCUUUUUCUAAUCAUUUUUAGGAUUUAGUAAAAUUUCAUUUAGUUACCGUAACUAUUUAUUAUAAAUUUAAUUAAUUAUUACCAGUAUUUGAAUGUUUCUGUUAUUAUGAAAAGUUUUAUAUAAGUGGCAGAUAUUAACAGCUUAGUGCUUAGUUAAACACUUAUUUCUCACUUUCUGUUAUCAUUAAUUUAACAUUCGAAAGAAGAAGACAAUAUUAUUUAAAUAAUCACCCCUUUAACAACACAACAAGGUAAAACCAUAAAACAUUAAUCUAAUAUUUAUCAACAUUGUAUAGUGGUUAUUUAAUAUAAAAUGCUUUGUUUUCUUUUUUUAUAUAAAAUAGGUAGGACGAGCAUAUGGGCCACGUGAUGGUAAGGGUCACCAACACCCACAGACAUUGGCAUUAUAAAACAUGUUAACCAUCGUUUACAUCGCCAAUUCGUCACCAACCUUGCGAACUAAGAUGUUAUGUCCCUUACGCUCUGUAAUUACACUGGCUCACUCACCCUUCAAAUCGGAACACAACAAUACCAAGUACUGCUGUUUUGCGGUAGAAUAUCUUAUGAGUGGGUGGUACCAAUCCAGACGAGCUUUCACAAAUCCCUACCACCAGUGAAUGGAACUUCUUUCGAAUGAUAAAUUAUCAACGUCAGAAAGAGAAAUCAGUGUGUAUCUUAUUCAACCGAUACACAAUGUGUUGGUAUCACUACAAUUGGAGGCUACUACAUAAGAUAUUUAACAAAUCAGAUUUGAUGUAUAUUAAAAAUUUCAAAUAUUAUGGUUCUAAAUGUACUGUUUAUACAGAUGAGAUCUGAAAAAAAAAUAUGUUUUUUUUUCUUAUAUAUUUUAUUUAAACAAUUGAAAAGUAAUUACCAAGAAAUCAUUCUGGACAAUUACUUUGCUACCUUAUCACAUUUCAUAUGUUUUUACUAAUGCAUAUUUACUCGAAUUUUAAUCAUGUAUAUAAUCAUAUUAAUUUAUUCAAGUAUAUUUUGCAUGGUAUCUUUAAUCUGCACCUUUUUUAGCAUUGGCAUAUUACAUAUUUAUAUGUUGUAUGUACCUUUAGAUCCUUAAAGAUAGUUUUUCGUUGUUGUGGUUUUAUGUCACAAAUAUCAUUCAAUAAUUUAGGCUGUCUUUACAUUAUACAAUAAGACAGGAUCUGAUAACUGUUGAUCAGUCUUGCUUGUCAGAUCAUUGUGAUCAUUUAGAAAUGUGCUAACCACUAAGGACAACAAUGGGUUAAUAAUCACAGAAUCAGUAAGAAUAAUACAGUUUUUUUUUUACGUACAAAGCAAUAUUAAUAAUAUACAUAGUCUAUUUAAAAAAUGGGUCAAUCUCAAAAUUCGGGUAAUUCCGAAAGUUAAUAAUGUAGAUAUAUAAUAUUUUUAUAGCAAAGAGCAGCUCCAUAGUUUUAUUUCAAGCUGAAACAGCAUAAUCUGAGAGUGGACAGUAAAUUUUUGACUAGAUACUGUUAUUAUGAAAUACAUUUUUAAGCACUUAAGAAAGCCACUAUACUAUACAAUACUAUACAAGAAAGAGUGCUAAAAUUAUUUACUUUAACAAUUUAUCUCAUGGAAAAGCUUUUUUUAUGCAGCAGUUAUUAUUUUAAUAUUUUUUGUAAAUUGAUAUAAUUUAUAUAAAUCAUUUUGAAUCAAUUUGCAUUAUAUACUUCAUUAUGAGGCUGACAUUUAUUAUGAAAUAUUUGAAAAUACUAUCAACAUGUCUGAUUAUAUUCCUACAUUAGUGGCUGUACUUUUAUUAGUAACAGUUUGUAAAAAAUUGUAUGAACAUUUAAACAAAAAAAAAAAAGUUUGUUUAUCGUUUAAAUGCUCUCAUAAAAUAUCAAAUUAUUUAAGUAUUUAUCCAACGAAAAAAAAAAAAAAAAUACAAUUUUAUUACAUUUUGUAGUAACUUGUUCUAUGUAUUUUUGUAAUGAAUGCUGCCUUUGAUAUAGCAAUAGUCUAAAUAUUCUAAUAGAUUGUAAAUUAACUGUGAAAAGUUGCAUUUUUAUAAUUAUUAUGGUGGAUAAAAAUGUGAUAAUAUCUAUAAGUGAUGAUGUACUUCAUUGUGCAAUGUCCCCUAUUUUAUUUAUACAUAACUAGAUUUCAAUAUUGUUCUAAAUGGUGCCGAUAUGAAUGCCUGUCUGUCUACAUGUCGAUAUUCAAUGUUUUUUUUUUUUAAUUAAACGAUUGUAUAGUUUUGAAUUAAGGUAUCAAAUAAUGAAAUUGGAAAUAUAUUAAUACUGUAUUUUAAAGCACUUAUAAUAAAUAAAAUUAUUCAAGCACUUUCUGACAUGGUAGUAGUAGUUAUAUAGUAGUUUUAAUGUUUCAUUUAAUAUAUAAUUUCAGUUCUAUAUUAUUUUAUUUUCAAAUCUCCAAAAUCAAUUGUGAUAAAAAUAUUUUUAUUUUUUAAAUUAUUGUUAAACUCGACUCUUACAAAUAAAUUUCAACAAACAACAUUUGACAUGUUUGACAAUAAAAUAAUUAUGUAGUAUUACUAAAAUAAGUGAGUAGUAAAAAAUAUAUACUAUUGCAUAACAGUUCUUGUGGUCGUGUUGUAUUUAAAUAAAUUGAAAUGCUGUUA